AUGUCUGCAAAAGCAAUUCGAGAAUAUGAUGGUAAACUUCUCUUGGAUUACUGGCUCUUCCGUUCGCCCUCCCUUUUGAAGGAAGACGGUUCUUCGAACGCGUCUAAAUUCUUGCCACCAGUCUCCAAAAUUGCUCAUGUUUCUUUUGACACCUCUAUCCUCGCGGACCUAACCAACAAUAAUCCUCAAAUUUCCUUUAACAAUCAUGUUAAUCAAUCCCUAAAUAUCCUGGAGCACACGCAUCCUUGGUUAUUGACCGAUAAGUUGGUCGUCAAGCCAGAUCAACUCAUAAAAAGACGUGGAAAGUCGGGUCUAUUAUUAUUAAAUGCUGACUGGCAACAGGUUAAGGAAUGGGUUAUCGAAAGAGCUGGUAAAGAAAUUCUGGUAGACCUUGUAACCGGAGUGCUAAAGACUUUUCUUAUCGAGCCAUUCGUUCCUCACCCUUCUCAUACCGAAUAUUACGUCAAUAUCAAUUCCGUUCGCGACGGAGAUUAUAUUUUGUUUACUCACGAGGGUGGCGUUGAAGUUGGUGACGUUGAUGCCAAGGCGUUGAAAUUGUUAAUUCCCAUAGAUGGGAAUUGCCCCACAUCCGAAGAGAUCAAGGAGAAAUUAUUGGUCAAUGUUCCUGAAGCUAAAAAAGAUGCUUUGGUUAACUUUAUUUCUCGAUUAUAUGCCGUGUAUGUUGAUUUGCACUUUACAUAUCUCGAAAUUAAUCCUCUGGUUGUAUUGGACUCCACAUCCGAUGGUGAAGCUUCAAAAAUAUAUUACCUCGAUUUGGCUGCCAAACUAGAUCAAACAGGUGAAUUCGAAGCCGGGCCAAAAUGGGCGAUCGCUCGGGCACCGCGAAAUGUCGGAGUUCUCGUUGAUGGUGAGACGAGGAAGGUUCAGAUUGAUCAAGGUCCACCCAUGGAAUUUCCGGCGCCCUUCGGUCGAGAAUCAACCAAAGAGGAAGCAUACAUACAAGAGUUGGAUUCAAAAACUGGGGCGUCCUUAAAAUUAACAAUCUUAAACAAAGAUGGAAGAAUAUGGACCAUGUUCAAUAUUCAUCAAAAUUCAAUAACCAUCUAUCUCUACACCCUCUUCUCGUUCAGUGAUGCAAUUGCCGCUUUAGGAUUCUCUAAUGAACUCGCCAAUUAUGGCGAAUAUUCGGGUGCUCCAACAGAAACGCAGACAUAUGAAUAUGCAAAGACGAUACUUGAUUUGAUGACUCGAAAUCCUAUACCACACCCUGAUGGCAAGAUACUCAUAAUCGGCGGUGGGAUUGCAAACUUCACGAAUGUGGCUGUUACGUUCAAAGGUCUAAUUCGUGCAUUGCAGGAAUUUAAGCAAUCAUUGAUGUUACAUAAAGUAAAGAUUUUCGUACGUAGAGGUGGUCCCAAUUAUCAGGAGGGUUUGAGAGCCAUGAGACAGUUGGGAGAUGAUCUUGGUAUCGAGAUUCAAGUAUUCGGCCCUGAAACUCAUAUCACUGAGAUCGUGCCCUUAGCAUUAUUAGGGCAUGGUUCAGGACUUGAUAACAACAAUGUUUCCGGUCAAACUCCGGUGUCUGUUAAUUCUUUCCAGGAUCAAAUUCUUGGAUCCAAUUCUUCCACCACCAACGGCAAGGGAAAAAACCCGAAUAACAAUACCGCCGAAGCAGUCAGAGAUCCGACGGUCCCAAUCGCGAACCCCCGAGAAAGAAUGACCUUCUUUGAAAAUCCUACAACUCAAGAACGUCCAUGGUACGCUGCAUUCACUAACGAAACGCGUGCCUUUGUGUAUGGGAUGCAACCUCGUGCCGUGCAAGGAAUGCUAGAUUUUGACUAUAUUUGCAAACGUCAUGUUCCUUCGGUUACUGCAAUGAUUUAUCCCUUCGGUGGUAAUCAUGUGCAAAAAUUCUACUGGGGAACUAAGGAGACCUUGCUUUCUGUAUUUAACAACCUUGAGGAUGCGAUUAAAAAAUAUCCGGAAGUUGAUACCGUUGUCAAUUUUGCUUCUUCUCGCUCUGUCUAUGACUCAACUUUAGAAUUUUUCAAGUAUUCUGAUCAAAUCAAAACAAUCGCCAUCAUUGCUGAAGGUGUUCCUGAACGUUACGCUCGUAAGAUUCUUCAUGAAGCCAAAAGGCGAGGCGUUUUGAUCAUCGGUCCUGCAACCGUUGGCGGUAUUAAACCCGGUUGUUUCAAGAUUGGUAACACCGGUGGCAUGAUGGACAACAUAGUUUCGUCAAAAUUAUAUCGUCCAGGCUCGGUGGCCUACGUAUCAAAGUCAGGUGGCAUGUCCAACGAAUUAAAUAACAUUAUAUCCAGGACAACGGAUGGUGUCUACGAAGGCGUGGCUAUCGGUGGUGAUCGAUAUCCGGGGUCAACAUUCAUUGACCAUUUGCUGCGUUUUGAAAGUGAUCCUAAUUGUAAGAUGUUGGUCCUGCUCGGUGAAGUUGGCGGAGUGGAAGAAUAUUAUGUGUGUGAUGCUAUCCGUGAAGGGCGUAUUAAAAAACCCUUAAUUGCCUGGUGUAUCGGAACUUGUGCCAAGAUGUUUUCGACUGAAGUUCAAUUUGGUCAUGCAGGUGCCUUGGCUCAGUCUGAUUUAGAGACUGCUGACUCGAAGAACAAAGCACUUAGAGAUGCUGGCGGCAUUGUUCCCGAAACCUUUGAAAAAUUGCCUUUGACCUUGUAUGAAACUUACCAAAACCUUGUAUUAAAAAAGGUUAUCGUUCCCGCACCAGAACCUGAAAUUCCAAAGGUACCUAUUGAUUACUCUUGGGCCCAAGAGCUUGGUUUGGUUCGUAAACCAGCAAGUUUUGUGUCGACCAUAUGUGACGAUCGUGGACAGGAAUUAUUAUAUGCGGGAAUGAGGAUAUCGGAUGUAUUUAAGGAAAGCAUUGGAAUUGGUGGUGUUUUAAGUUUACUCUGGUUCAAGAGGCGUCUCCCAGAAUAUGCAUGCAGAUUUAUUGAAAUGAUAUUAAUGUUGACCGCGGACCAUGGCCCUGCCGUAUCUGGUGCUCACAACACCAUCGUCACUGCUCGAGCCGGCAAGGAUCUCAUAUCAAGCUUGUGCGCCGGUUUAUUGACAAUUGGUGAUCGGUUCGGAGGUGCCCUUGACGGCGCGGCCGAACAAUUCACUAGUGCCUACGAUAAGAGUUUAACACCCCGAGAGUUCGUCGAUUCUAUGCGAAGGCAGAACAAACUUAUCCUUGGCAUUGGUCAUAAAGUGAAGUCACGCAACAAUCCGGAUCUCCGCGUAGAAAUCAUCAAAGAUUUUGCCAAAAAUAACUUCCCAGCAACAAAACUACUAGAUUAUGCAUUGGCUGUCGAGGAGAUAACUACGACCAAAAAGGAUUCGCUCAUCCUUAAUCUUGAUGGGGCUAUUGCCGUAUGUUUUGUUGACUUGCUACGUGAAUCGGGCGCCUUUAGUAGGGAAGAAACCGAAGAAUAUAUUAAGAUCGGCGCGCUAAAUGGAUUAUUUGUUCUCGGAAGAAGUAUAGGUUUUACUGGCCAUUAUCUAGAUCAGCGAAGGCUGAAGCAAGGUCUUUAUCGACAUCCAUGGGAUGAUAUUUCUUAUUUAGUGCCAGGCGCGGAAACUGGUCGUACAUUUGUUAGUCAAGAUACAUUUGAGAAAAAA